UAUUUCCAUCUUUGAAUGUCAUUGUUAGAAAAUGGAGGGAUUGCAUAAGCCGAUUUUGCAGUUAUGUGUAAAUUAGUUGUAACUUGACACUCUUGUUAUGUUUUCCUUUUGCUUAAAAGUUAUUAGGUUCACCAGAUGAUGCUAGUCUUGCAUUUCUCCGAAGUGAAAAUGCUAAAAGAUAUAUUCGACAGCUUCCCCAUUAUAGGAAGCAAAAUUUCUCGGCUAGAUUCCCAAGUAUGUCUCCUGAGGCAUUGGAUUUACUAGAGAAGAUGCUUAUCUUUGAUCCCAACAAACGCAUUACAGUUGAUGAAGCACUGUGUCACCCAUACCUUUCAUCACUUCAUGACAUCAAUGAUGAACCAGUUGGUCCUGGGCAAUUCAAUUUUGAUUUUGAGCAGCCAACAUGCACUGAAGAGCACAUCAAGGAGCUCAUCUGGAGGGAAUCAGUGAAAUUCAAUCCGGAUCCACCCAGUCAGUAAUUCUUUCUUGAAUAAUGAUCACCUGACCACUCUUGGUCUUGGGUGUACAUCUGGAGAGACACGGGAAGAGGGAAAGAUAAGUGAUUCAUAUGAUUGAUGAUACAAUGAGUGAAGAAGGGAAAUAAAGAGAAAUGAUGGGGGUGUAACGUGUGAAACUAAUAGUUGAGUGACAAGGGAAACAUUAGUAUUCUUUCUUAUUAGGAGAUUGUACCAUGAUACACCUCUUCACUUAAAUACAGUGCCUGUCCACUAUUCAGAUUACUUGCUAUGUAUAGAAAUUCAGAAAGUUUCACUGUUGUAAUCUAGUCCUAAAGCAUUCUGGAUAAAAACCAAAUGAGUAAUCAUUAGGAAUCAAAUUGGUAGUCAGGGUUUAGGGAAACAAUUAUGAUGACAAAUAUGGUCUGUCACGGAGCCUUUUGCUUAUUAUUUAUCAUUAAUUUUUUGUUCCGGUUUGAA